CGGGCUCUGGUCACCGCCCUCGCUAGUGCCCUGAGCCCUGCUGAUGGCGCCCCCGGCAUGGGUGACCCCUGCCCGCCCGCAUCGCCCAAGGCAUCCAUCGCCAACCCUGCUCCUACAACGCCAGAGACAUAUAAUCCUCCCCGUCCGCUGCCACCAUGGCCUCUCCUCCCCCAGGACACUAUACCACCAAAAGGUUUAAAGACUCCCGGAUCCCCAGCUGCUGGACUCUGACCACCACAACCAGAGUACCCAAACACCACUGCACACCAGUCCCUCUUCUAGGGACACCCACUUCACCAUACGAAUCCUUGGCACCACCAUCACGUUGGCGUCCAAGCCCCGGUCCAUCCUCAAGAAUUCACCGACUACCACCAGAAUGCCGUCCAUAUCCCGUCAGCACCCCAUGCCGACCGUCAUCCACUCCAAGUCCUCAUCCUCCUCCUCCAAGAAGGAGCGAGUGGUGGGCUUCCUCAAGGAUCCCGUGAGCGCUGUCUCGCGUCCCAUGAGCGACAACGAAAACUGGGCACUCUCUGACUUCGAGAUGCACGCCCAGCGCUGCACCUACUGCCACGACCCGUACGAGGUCCACCGCAACCACGACCAGCUCUGCGAGAUUGGCCAUCGUCUUGCCCAGGAGGUCGCCGUCUUCCUCUACAACCGCGACGGCGAGACCUACAGCACCGUCGAGGAAAACAACAAGCUCGUCCAUGUCGAGAUCCCUGCCGGCUUCACCCAGGUCCGCGAUCUGCUGAGAGCCAUCGAGCGCAGUCUCCGACACCGAUCGCGGACCCCAUUCGUCUCCAUGGACCGCACCUACUACGUUGCUGCUCGCGUCCCCGCCCGAACCCACUCAGUCAAGAUCGAGCAGGGGCCCAAGACCAAGACCAAGUCGCGGCCGAAGGCCGAAAUCGUCGACUGGCCGUCUUCCAAGCCCACAGUCACCACCGAAGUCAACAACUCGCGGCACUCCAAGCGCGGCUCGCUCUACGAGCAAGACCUGGCCAUCCAACGACGCAACGCCAAGCAGUACACCGUAGAAGUCCGAGAGCCGUCCGGCCGACGCUCCGGCUACUACAGGUGAAGCACAUUCGAAUCUUCUACGUUUCUCUGCGAUUAUCCACGAACUCUCUACGCCAAUACGACGAGCCACCACCCACGCUACGCGGACGCUGAACAAGCCUCUCCGCAUCUAUCUACCGCUGCUCGAAAUCGACUCAGCACAAACAAGUCUGAUCUUCUCUGGUCCUUGUUUUGCGCUUGCUUCCAGGAACAAGCAUUGCGUUUUGCUGUUUAGAACACGGGGAAUGGGAUGGAUUUUUGGGCAUUCCAUAGCAAAUGCCGGGACCUCCACCUGAGAAGGGUGUUGAGGGGGGG